GUUGCGUGUGGUUAGAUCAGAUGCCGCACGCCGAUCUCGUCUACUUAGAACCCUUCAGCCGUCGCCUCGCCUCGCCUCGCCGGAGAUCCGUCCGCCAAUCGAUUGAUCGCCGCUGGAGUUGGCAAAGCGGCAUAGCAUCGGUUUGCUCAGGCCAGAAACCAUUGUGCGUCGUUUCAGAUUCUGUGAUUGUGUCGUCUCAUUUUAGGGGCAGAAGGAGGCAUUUUGGACGCUAUGGAUCUUCCGCCGACGCACAAGGAGCAGGAUAAUCUGACGGUUAGCCAGGUCGGUUUCGGUGGGUUCGACGCGAAUGUCACGGCGAAGCAGCUCGCGGAUUUCCUGGAGGACGAGGUCGGGAUCAUAUGGCGGUGCAGGGUGAAGAGCUCCUGGACGCCGCCGGACUCGUUCCCCGUCUACCAUGUUCCCGUAGGCGGGGGAGCCUCGUGGAAGGAGGAUUACGAACGCGUGGUGCCGCACGCGUUCGUUCACUUUGCGCGGCCGGAAACCGGUAAGAAAGCUAUGGAUGCGGCCGGAAGGAACGCGCUUGUGUUGAAUGGUCGUGUUCUUAGGGUGAACAUGGGAACCGAGAGUUCAUUGCUCGUCAACAGGAGGAGAACCAGUGAUCCCUUCAAGUUCUCCAAUGUGCGCGUCGAGAUUGGGAAUCAAGUCAGCAGGGACGACUUUUUGGUGGCUUGGAAGGGACCGGAUGCAGUAGUCGAUUUUUUGAUUGAUCCCUUUGAUGGACGCUGCAAGAUCCUUUUCUCAAAGGAUACAGCUUUCUCAUUCAAGGGGACACGGGACUUGGCUUUGAUCAAAUGCAAUUUCAAGCUGGAGUUCUUGGUGAGAGACAUCAAUGAGGUGAGAGUCUAUCAAGAUAAUGCCCCCUUUGUAAUGCAGUUCCAACUCAUCUCAGCACCGUCAGUGUAUUACCGCACCGCUGAUGAUGACAUCUACGAGUCUGUUCCAUAUAAUCUGCUAGACGACGAGGAUCCAUGGAUCAGGACAACAGAUUUUACUCCUAGCAAUGCUGUUGGUCGGUGUAACUCAUACAGAAUUUUGUUCUCCCCUCGCUUUGGGGUUAAGAUGCAGAGAUCCCUGGCCUAUCUGAGAGACAGGAGGAUAGAUGAUGUCCGACCGAAGCACCGACAAAUCAUAAGGGAUGAGCCCAAUUAUGGAGUGCUCCCGGUCGAUCCUUUCUUCUGUAUUCAAUACAAGGAAGGAAUCAAAUUUUCGACUAUGUUUUUAGUGAAUGCACUUGUGCACAAAGGCAUUGUUAAUCAGCAUCAACUUACUGAGGAGUUCUUUUCCUUACUUAGGCAACAGAGUGACAUAAUAAAUGAAUCUGCUCUACUGGAUAUCUGGUCAUACAAACGCUCCAUUUUUGAUGCGCCAAGAAGGCUGAAGGUCGUUCAGGACUGCCUGUUGAAGGACCGUAAACUUCUCAGGCAGCCUUCUAAUGAAACUGUUGAAGUGAGGAGGCUUGCUAUUACUCCUACAAAGGCAUACUGUCUUCCUGCUGAGGUAGAACUCUCAAAUAGGGUUCUUAGGAAGUAUAAAGAGGUUGCCGAUAGAUUCUUGAGGGUGACUUUUAUGGAUGAAGGAAUGCAACAGUUGAAUAAUAAUGUUUUAAACUACAAUGUGGCACCUAUUGUCAGAGACAUAACUUUUAGCUCAUUUCCUCAGAAGACUACUGCGUUCAGGAGGGUAAAUCAGAUUCUAACUAAUGGGUUUCAACUAUGUGGUCGAAAAUAUUCCUUUUUAGCAUUUUCAUCAAACCAGCUAAGGGAUCGAUCAGCAUGGUUCUUUGCAGAGGUUGUCAACACCAUAACUGUGUCAAAUAUUAGGAAUUGGAUGGGAAAAUUUUCUAAUAGAAAUGUUGCUAAGUGCACUGCUAGAAUGGGGCAAUGUUUUUCGUCUACAUAUGCGACAAUCAAUGUUCCUCCCAAUGAAGUAAACCCUGACCUUGAAGAUAUUGUGCGGAAUGAAUAUGUCUUUUCGGAUGGAAUUGGGAAGAUUACACCAGAUCUCGCACUUGAAGUAGCUGAAAAACUGCAACUGACUGAUAACCCACCUUCUGCCUAUCAGAUUAGGUAUGCUGGCUGCAAAGGGGUUGUGGCUGUUUGGCUAGGAAAUGGUGAUGGGAUCAGGCUGUCACUGAGACCAAGCAUGAAUAAGUUCGAGUCUAACCAUACAAUGUUGGAGGUUGUAUCGUGGACUAAGAUCCAGCCAGGUUUUCUUAACCGGCAGAUUAUCACGUUGCUUUCAUCUCAACAGGUGCCGGACAGUGUUUUUGAAAGAAUGCAAGAAACUAUGAUUCAUAAACUGAACCAGAUGCUUGUGGAUGCUGAUGUUGCAUAUGAGGUUCUUACAACAUCAUGCACCGAGCAAAGUAGCACUGCAGCAAUGAUGUUGAGCGCUGGUUUUAGACCUCAAACUGAACCUCACUUAAAGGCUAUGAUCUCAUGCGUUAGAUCAUCUCAGCUAGGUGAUCUUUUAGCAAAAACAAGAAUCUUUGUCUCGAAAGCCAGGUGGUUGAUGGGCUGCCUUGAUGAACUUGGGGUCCUUGAACAAGGGCAAUGCUUUAUUCAGACCUCAAGCCUUUCACUUGAAAAUUGUUUUUCAAAGCAUGGUUCAAGAUUUUCAGCUCCACAGAAGAAUAGGCAAGUCAUUGUGGGUACCGUGGCCAUGGCCAAGAAUCCAUGUCUUCAUCCUGGAGAUAUUAGGAUCCUUGAGGCUGUUGAUGUGCCUUCAUUGCAUCAUCUUUCUGAUUGUUUAGUAUUCCCUCAAAAAGGGGACAGGCCUCACACCAAUGAAGCAUCUGGAAGUGACUUGGAUGGCGAUCUCUAUUUUGUUACAUGGGAUCAAGAUCUUAUACCCCCAAGCAAAAAGAGCUCGAUUGCUAUGGAUUACACCCCUGCUGAAGUCAGAAAUUUACCACGACAAAUCUUUCCUCAAGACAUUAUUGACUUUUACUUGAAGAAUAUGAUAAAUGAGAAUCUCGGUGUUAUUUGCAAUGCUCAUGUGGUACAUGCUGACCGUAGUGAAUAUGGAGCAUUCGAUGAGAAUUGCCUUAAGCUGGCUGAGCUCGCUGCUAUAGCCGUAGAUUUCCCGAAGACAGGAAAAAUGGUUACUCUGCCUCCUACCCUUAAACCUAAGUGCUAUCCUGACUUCAUGGGCAAGGAUGGUUACAUAUCCUACAAGUCAGAAAAGGUAUUAGGAAAGUUAUAUCGCAAGAUUAAAGAUGUCACAGAUGAUAUUGACUCAUCUGAAACUGCUUGCAUGGUCGAGGACUUACCCUAUGAUGUGGAUCUUGAGGUUGUUGGAUCUUCAGAUUAUCUUGCUGAUGCAAUGCAGAACAAGGAUGUAUACGAGCGUCGUCUGAAUGCAUUGUUGGCUCAGUAUAGAGUUAGCUCAGAAGGGGAGGUUGUUACAGGUCACAUAUGGUCAUUGCCUAAAUUCAAUAGCAGGAAGCAGGGUGAGUUGAAGGAGCGCCUGAAGAAUGCAUAUUCUUCUCUUCACAAGGAGCACCGACAUGCUUUCGACACCAUGGCCCCUGAUUUUCUUCAACUAACAGACGCAGAAAAAGGAGUGCUUUACGAACGGAAGGCUUCAGCAUGGUACCAAGUGACUUAUCAUCCUCAGUUGGUUAAGAAGUCGCUCGAACUAAAUGAGCCUGAUUUGGAUUUGGUGCCCGCACGACUUAGUUUUGCAUGGAUAGCAGCGGACUACCUUGUCAGGAUCAAGAUAAGAUGUGGCGAUGAGAGGAGAAAACUAAAUAGUCAAAGGCCGAUCGAUUCCCUUGCGAGCUAUCUUUCUGAAAGAAUAGAUUGAUUUGUUCCAUCGAUUUAUCAGGUGCUUUUGGGCAAUGCCUUGGUCGUGCUGCUGGUGAAAACAACUUUUGAUGGUAUUAUAUUCUUUCUUGAGGUCCUAUAUGUUACCUCGAUCUCUUCGAUUAAUGUUUGUGUAGAGUUGCAUGAAGAACAAGAAACUUGAUCAGAAACGAUGCGAUUAGCUACUUCUUAAGAUUCUGUCUACUUGAAUUGGGAACCAGACCUCUAUACUGUGUUUCAA